GAUGAAGCUGUUUGUUUUCUUCACUGGGGGGGGGGGGAACUUUUAAGCAUCACAGAAAUCAAAGAAACAACGAUUCAGAGAAACAACAAACGUCUAAAAGCUUUAUUUAAAACGCUGUAAUCUGUGUGACUCCAGCUUCAGAGCACAGACUGCAGCACUAACACAGUUUCAAAGGUACGUUGGAGGUCAGCGUGCUUCCAUGUCUCCUUGUCUCCUCAGUGAAGUGGACUGAGGUCCUUUGGAAAGAGACCCGGCCACGCUUCCUCCUCCAGCGUCUCUCUGCCCAUCAGUGCAGUCAGCUCCUGUGUUCAAAGACUGAAGGACACUUUUUCAACAUGACCUCCAAUUCCAAUUUAUCCAACAUGAGACGUCUGGUGGAACAACUGAAGCUCGAGGCCAGCGUGGAGAGAAUCAAGGUGUCUCAGGCGGCUGCAGAGCUCCAGCAGUACUGUCUGCAGAACGCCGGCAGAGACGCCCUGCUGGUGGGGGUCCCCACAGGCAGCAACCCCUUCAGGGAGCCCCGCUCCUGCGCUGUGGUGUGAAGGAUGAAGACGGUGACAUCUCACUCACAGAAGAAAGUCAUUUCAUGUUAUUGUUUUAAUAUUCCUGUGUGCAUGUUUCUAACACAUUAAAGGGGAUUACACACACUUCUUAUUAUACUUCUUUUUUUAAAUACCCUUUGAAAGCUGCAGAAGUGUCGGU